UGACGGUCAGAGCGGCGAACCUUGACGGAUUUCUGGUUGAUUUCCCAGCUCUUGAUUAUCUAUUUGGCCCUUAUUCCUAAUCGUCUAAACCCUCGCAGCCGCUUCUUCUAACCGAACCUUGGUAUCAAUGGACUAUUCAAACCUCCGUCAAACAAUCGCCGACCCAAAAUGGUCGGAAUCACAGGAGAACAUAUUGAUGGAACCUUAUAUAUACAUAUCCCAAAAUCCUGGCAAAGAAAUACGAUCAAAACUUAUCGACGCUUUCAAUCAGUGGUUAGAGGUUGAUAAGGAUGAUUUAAAGGUAAUCACAAAGGUUGUGAGAAUGCUGCACAAUGCUAGUCUUUUAAUGGAUGACGUGGAAGACAACUCGGAACUAAGAAGAGGUCUUCCCGUUGCUCAUACCAUCUACGGCGUUCCCCAAACCAUUAACGCGGCCAAUUACGUUUAUUUCCUCGCUUUUCAAGAACUUCUUCAGCUACGAUCGGGAGUGAUGGGGAAGGGAAAAGAUAAAGAAGUCGACCUGGUGGCUGCUGUCAAUGAGGAACUGUUGCAAUUGCAUCGAGGCCAAGGGAUGGAUUUGUUCUGGCGAGAUAGCCUGACAUGUCCGACAGAGAAGGAGUAUAUUGACAUGGUCCUUGGGAAGGCUGGAGGACUCUUGCGGUUAGCGGUGAAGCUCAUGAUGGCGAAAUCGGACUCUAACGUAGACUAUGUGCCGCUAGUCAACCUCAUCUCGGUGUGGUUCCAAAUUCGAGAUGACUAUAUGAACCUCCAGUCACCCGCCUACAAGAGCAACAAGGGUUUCUGUGAAGAUUUGACGGAAGGAAAAUUCAGUUUUCCUGUGGUGCACGGCGUUAGGGCAGAUACUUCCAACCGGCAGAUCUUAAAUGUGCUCCAGAAGCGGACGUCAUCAAUCGACCUUAAACAACACAUCGUCGACUAUCUUAGCAACCAUACCAAAUCAUUCCAUUAUACCCGCAAGGUGUUGACAGAGCUCGAGGUUCAGAUUAUGGAGGAAAUCAAAGCGCUGGGAGGCAAUCAGAGGCUGGAGAAUGUGGUGCUGGCGUUGAGUUUGGAAGAGAGUGAGGAGCAUCUUUGAUCUUUGAUCUUGAAGCUCAAGGAUUGGAGAACUAAAGAGGAAAGGAUUGUUGUAUUAUAAUGAAUCAUUGGGAGACAUCUUUGCCCGUCUUCUCCUUUCCUGCGCAUUUGAUCGUCUGCAUCUACCCCUUCUUACGAUCGGCCAGGGACUUUUGGAAUGAUUAUGAGUGUUUUAAAAAAAGGAAGCAGUUUAUGUAGAUCAUCAAAGAGAGCGACAAGAUCCAUUGUCGAUUGGAUUUGCACCGAUUCUUGCUAUUCAACAUACAUACAUGCCGCUUGUAAUGGUCUAGAUACGUAUGAUAAUAACAAAAUCUAUGGUUCU